UACGUAACUCUGUAUCAAACCGGAAAGUACGAGCACCCCAAUUGGCGUAGGGAAGUUGUUUACCAGUUUCUCCACCAAUAGAAGAGGGCGGCCGACCGAGCUUUCUUAUCUGGUAGAUUUACUCCAACGCUACUCCGGAAGAAACUAUUCGGACUAUCAGAAGUUAGCGUUUUUCGAGCGAAGACGACGAAAUUUUCGUUCUUUCGUUAAAAAUUAUAAUCUAUUUCACCGACUUUCGUUCUUCGUCGCUGCCGUCCCGGGUUUUACCGUCGCCCAAAGACUAUUAGAGAAGAGUUGGAACAGGAAGAAGCAUCGCGACAGGCUUUACUCGUGUUUGUGUAUCUGUACGUUGGCACCCGACCGAUUCGUAAUCUGCGGAAGAGAUAUUCAUCGUUGUCAUUGUCGACCGACCGUGAUAUUCGGACCAACGAUCUCUGUCGAUCCGGCUGGCAGCAAAAAGUAUGACGUCGCUAGGCCUAACCAACGGUACGGUCGAAGUGGCCGACUCUAACCUGGUUGAUGGCAGCGAGCUGGACGGCAACGGUACUCUAGACUCGCUGACCGGAAGCAAUAUUACCGCCGACGACAGGUUAAAGAGGAAGGCCAAGAGGCCUUCCAAGUUACUGGCCUGUAAAGAGGCUUCGGCUGGUUCGGUCUGUGGCUCGAACGGCACCGUACUUAGAUUCGCCAAGAACAGCAGGAGGCCUCGAAACGGCCACGGAAGAGGCUUGCCCAAGAAGGGUGGUGCUGGAGGAAAAGGAACUUGGGGAAAAAUUGGUAUUGAAAUGACAAUGGAUGAUAUGGUUGCCAAUGAUGUUCAUGAUCCUAACUAUGAUUCUGACAGUCAAGGAAGCUGUGAAUUUGAGUCCAUUGUUCCUGAAUUAACUGAAGAAGAAUUUGAAAGAAAUAUUGAUCCAAUUUUGCAAGAAUACUUUGAAAAUGGUGAUACCCAGGAAGUAAUGAUAUCUUUGAAUGAAUUAAAUCUUGGUCGUCAAAAGCCAAAAUUGGUUGUGACAGUAAUUCAACUUGCUAUGGAUCGGAAACCUUCUCAUUGUGAAAUGACAUCAAUUCUUCUCUCUGAUUUAUAUGGCCAGAUUCUGUCUCAAGAAAAUAUAGCAAAAGGAUUUGACACAUUAUUAAAGAGUCUUUCUGAUUUAGUAUUAGAUACUCCAGAUGCUCCAACAGUUCUUGGAAAUUUUAUAGCACGUGCUGUUGCUGAUGAUUGUCUUCCACCGAAAUUCGUUCAAGGUUAUAAAGGAAAAGUUGAAUGUGAACAUGCCAGAGCUGCUUUAGAACAUGCAGAUACUUUACUUAGCAUGAAACAUGGAUUGGUUCGUUUGGAUAAUGUUUGGGGUGUAGGUGGUGGAAUGCGUCCAGUGAAAUAUCUAAUUCGACAGAUACAACUGCUUCUUCAAGAAUAUCUCUCAUCUGGAGAUAUAGCAGAAGCAACACGUUGUCUGCAGGAAUUAGAGGUUCCACAUUUUCAUCAUGAACUUGUAUAUGAGGCAGUUGUCAUGGUGAUAGAAGAUAUGGGAGAACGUGCCAUGGAUUUAAUGUGCAAAUUGUUAACUUUUUUGUCUUCAAGUAUUAUCAUUUCUCCAGAUCAAAUGAAAAAUGGUUUUGAACGGGUCUAUAAUGAGAUGGCUGACAUCUGCAUUGAUGUUCCACCAGCAUAUGUAAUACUUGAAAAGUUUGUAAAUAAGUGCCAUAACUGUGGUUUUCUACCUCAGGAACUUGUCAAGAAUAUACCAUCAAGGGGACGGAAGCGAUUUAUUUCAGAAGGCGAUGGGGGCCGCAUCAAAGAAGAGUUUUACUGAUUGUCCCAAAGAGGGCCUCGUGCCGCAUUUAAAGAUCGUCCGUUGCCUCCAGUUUAUACCUCUUGUUCUCGCGUUUUUUUCAUUUUUUUGUUUUGUUUAAGCCAAUUUUUCCCCCCACUUGUAAAGUGUGAUCACUCAAUUACCUUCAUAGACUGGAAGUCUGUGAUUUUGUUUUCUGGUUUGUUAUUGUAAUUUUUAAUUUCCAAAGAUUGUUGCACCUGACAUGUUAAAGUUUUUAAUUUUUGGGCUAAGUUGACCUUUUUUUGUAUAUUUUUUUGUUAAGUUGGUGGAAUCCUGCCAUUAUCGACACAGUGAUGCACCGUACAACUAAGAUAUAACUAAACCGAUUAGACGGUGGCUGUCAAUAUGGAUAACAUACAAUCCACUGAUAUUUCAGCUUGUGGAUUUAAAUUGGUGUAGGGGAAUUUCAAAAUAAGAUUUUAUUAUUGGCAUUUUUGUCCACUUUAAGAUGUAUAAAGUUGCCAAGAUGUUUUUGCAAUCUUCAAUGAGGAACUUAUAAAGUCAUUUUGACAGGAAUUUUGUUUAAAGGCAAUGAAAGUGAAAUAAAACUUGUGAAAAAAG